UCGCUCCACCUAGACACUCUUCGACGUUAAACUGACUCGUCGGUCGACAUUUUCGGCACAGCAUCAUCAGCGCUGACGUGGGACUACGUGAGCGAAGGCACAGGCCGUCCACGCAUACUGUAAUUAGUGACGAGUCAGACUACGUAAAACUUCGGUGACUUGCUAUGGAUACCUCACUAUCAUCUCAGCUCGACAACAGUUUAAAUGACUCAGUGACAGAUGGAGAGGAGAACCACAGUGAGGCCAGUACAUCUCCUGCUGCCCCGCCUCAGGUAUCUACAGCAGCAGAGUCUCCAGGUGUGACUGUGGUCCGCCUGUCUGACGGUCAGACGGUCCAAGGGGUCAUCCAUGCUCCUCAGACCUCUGUGAUACAAUCACCACAAGUCCAGACUGUGCAGAUUGCUACUGUAGCAGAACUGGAAGAUGAUGAGUCAGUAUCAGACACUCAGAAGAGACGAGAGAUUCUCUCCAGGCGUCCAUCUUACCGAAAAAUCCUCAAUGAGCUUUCAUCUGAUUCGCCGGCAGUCCCUAAAAUUGAUGAAGAAAAGGCAGAGGAGGAGGUGCCGGUGUCAAGCGCGGCCUCAGCGUCAGUGCCAACCUCCAUCUACCAGACCAGCCCAGGACAAUACAUUACGAUCACUCAAGGGAGAGCCAUCCAGCUGACCAGCACUGGGGUCGAAGCCCUUCAGGGGUCUCAGACCCUCACAGUGGCCAGCUCUCCCACCCCGCAGCCUGGAGCCACCAUCCUGCAGUGUGCCCCUCAGCCUGGAGACUCUCCACAGCAGUUCUACAUCCAGGGAGGACAGGUCCUCAUCCAAGCUGCCACAGGAGACAUCCCCGCCUACCAGCUGCGGUCGCCCAACUCGGGCCUGGCUCAAAGCAUUGUGAUGGCUGCGUCCCCGGGCACCAUGCAGAACCCCUCAUCACAACAUGCUGAAGAGAUCACCCGAAAGAGGGAGGUCAGACUGAUGAAAAACAGGGAGGCAGCUCGUGAAUGCCGCAGGAAAAAGAAAGAGUACGUCAAAUGUCUGGAAAACCGCGUGGCUGUGUUGGAAAACCAAAACAAGACCCUGAUUGAAGAGCUGAAAGCACUGAAGGACAUUUACUGCCACAAAGCUGAGUAGCAGCGGCUGUUCGCGGUCACAGGCUGAAGACAGUGCCGUUUACGAACUGCUACAGCAAAACAACAACAACAAAAGAAAAGACUCUGGAACAAAAACUGCUUUGACCGUCUUUGUUUCUCUGCUCACUCAGGCCUGGUGUACGCUGAAUUCAGAAGUGUCCCGGGAAUUCGAAUAGCUCGAGCUUGCCAGUUUCGCUCUUGUUCUUAUCUUGUGCUCUUUGCAUGUGAAGACUCAAGUGUUGUACACACUAUGCUUGCUGUUGCUGCUGUGCAUGGGCGAAGCCAGCCAAUGAGAGCCAGCUGAAGAAGAGGAACAGGAAGAGGAAAUACAGGUGCUUCCUGAAAAUGCACCGUUCAAGUACAGAGAUUACGAAAAAAAACCUUGGCGGGUCAGCCAGGUCUCGCUACCAGCAAGUUUCUCUGAGGUCAGACGAAGUGCACAAAAAAAAAAGCUUACGUAGAUCCACCACCAGCUGCAACCAGGCAGCUCAACCCUGUUUACCUGAUAAUGUCGAUUGUGUAAUUUACACUUCUGUUCGUAGCCGUUUCAUGCAUUCCUUCAAGCGAUAACACGAUUAAGGAGAAACAUCUUCGAGCAUUUUAUCAGUGAAGUGAUUUCCUGGAUUUCACCAGCCUGUUUUCAGUUUGUAUAGACAAAUCUUGAUUAGGUCAAAAAGGUUUUUCAAGAAAUACCAGUAAAAGAAUUGAAUAUAUUCAGAUUCAAAUCCUCUUAUGUUUGGCUGUUUAUGCACAGAACUUUAACAUAUAUUUCAAGCCAAUGCUGAAGGGCAUUAUUUAAAUCUAAACCUCAUUAGCAAAAGUCCAAAGGAGUUUUUAUUUUUCAUCACUAAAGUGAGUUGAUUGUAGUAUUUGAAAUGACAGAACACAGCUGCUCUGUUGUCAAAGCACAGAAAGUACCACAGUGUCAGUGUAGGUAUUAUUAGAAAUUAUAUUCCAUUAUACUUAUUUGAAGAGUUUCACUCCACAAGUUUAUAUCUUCUACAAAACAAAUGUUACCUGAUAACUUGUUGUUAAACAUGUUAAAAUGUAAUUGUCAAAUCUCUUCUGAAAAGCCUCUGUUUUGUGAAGAAACAUCUUAUGACUCACAGCUCAAAGAGGAACUGGUGUGCUUUGUUGUCAUGCAAGCAUCAAUUUUGUUUUUCAAAUGAUGGAUCUCCAUUGUGGAAUAAAACUGUAUUUGAUUAUGGCUAGAUAUUAAAAUGCUCUGUUUAAAGGGUGAUGCCAACUUCUUCUCUCUUUUCUUUUUUUAUGUAAAGACAUUUUAUUUUAAUGAUAAUAUAUCAUCUUGUGUUAGUGUUUCUGGUGAUAUCGAAAACUGCUUGCUUUUUCUGUUUCAGUUUUUGUAGUUGCUGAGUUUGUUCCACUGAAUAUAUUUUAUGGUUAGGCCUGUAGAAAGUGAUAGAAAGAGCACUCCUUGGUGUAACAGACCAUCUCCCUCGGCUGCCAAAUCUCUUUAAGUAGCAGUUAGGUGUUUAACUACUGUUUAGCUCAGAAACAACAGUAUGAAUCAUCCUGCAGCAGUCUUGUUAUUUACCAACCAAAUGACCUGGCAUGGUUUGUAUUCACAAUUGAAUGCCCCUUCUAUUAAAUUCUAUAUUACAACAGGUGAUAAUAGAAUUCAGGUUUUCUUUGAUAUCAGUUGACUUUCUCUGCACAUCGUUUUUUGCCGUUUCAAAUGGCUCUAUAUUUUACCUGAUGUACUUCCUUGUCUGAAUUGUAAAACCCAAACUAUUUUUGUUUAUCUAAUAAAAUAUUCAAAAGUGA